AUGGCGAACCUCCGAGCUCACUCCUCCCUCAGUUCAAGAGAAACACCUUGGAGUGGUCACCGGAGAGAUUUGUACCCGAAGGUAUAUGCUGAGGCCAUGUUUUUGCAUAUUAAUAUUGCAGAUGACCUUAUCAAUGAGGAACAUAUUGAGCUGUACUUGAGGAUGUGUUACCUUGCUGAAGUUCCCGUUGACCCGUGGGACGUCCUCAGUCGACUAAAAAGGCUGAAGUUGGAGCCAAACCGUGAAAUCCUGGCCUUCAUGCUGCUGUUUGGAUGGGGAGACCUAGGGGGAGCAACCAGCACCCUGGCCAUCAUGAAGGAGCGAGACAUUCCCAUCACCGAAACCACGUUUUCCUCUCUCAUUGUGGCCCAUGGAGUCAAUAAGGAUCCACAGGGUAUUCAGUCUGUCCUGGACACAAUGAGGAGUGUGCAGAUGGCCCCCACCAGGGUCACAUACGAAGCACUCAUGACAGCCUAUGCCGUUUCUGGCCUGAUCUCGGAGGUGAAGCGCAUGGCUAGACAGAUAAAACAGGAAAAAAUCAGCCUGUCUCAGAGCCAGCUAUCGUCUGUACUUCUCAGCCUUAUCAAGAGUAGCCAAGCUGGGUCAGGAUUUGAAAAUAUAGAUUAUAUUGUAAGAAUGAUGGAGGAAGCUGCAGGCAAGAUGGAUAUGUCGAGGCUUAUGCUACAGUGUAUCCAUUCUGGUUACGUGAGGGAAGCUGUUCAUCUUUUGCCGAAACAGCCUCUGAUACGACAGAACAACCACCUGUAUACGAAUGCAAUGGUUUAUUUGCGAGAAAUGGUUCACGCCAGAGUGGAACCAGACUUACUGGUGGAAAUGUGUAGUGAUAUUCGUAAGCAAGAAAUAAACCAGUACUCCUUCGAAGUUGCCCUGGAAUGUGCUCUGGCAGAACACCGAGAGGAGUUGGCCUGGGCACUGAUCCGAGCUCUUAAGGCGGCAGGGAGGCCCGUGAGACAGCACUAUUUCUGGCCUCUCCUUCAUUACUGUGCCCUUACUAACAGUUCAUCAAAGUUGCUUGGGUGCAUCAAAGAAAUGGUGACCUUGGAUGUUGCACCAGACUUGGAAACUCUCCGUGAUCAUGUGAUACCAGGCCUCAUCAUUAACCACCCUAUGUUAACACUAGAAAUGCUUCAAGGUGCUGGCUUAACAAUCUCUCAGGCAACCACACCUAUACUUAUUGUCCUCAUUCAGAAUAAGAUGCUUGACCAGUGUUUUGAGUUUGUGAGAGAAGUGAAGCCGUUAUCUCUGCGAGACAUCAUUGCCCCACUGGCAUCUGUUUGGGCCGCCAGUCCUCAAAGGGUUAUAUCUCUUUUGGGCAUCCUUAUGGAAAUGAAUAGAGCUGUAAGACUCUUAAUGAGGGGAGAGCUGGAGCCAGAUUGGGGUGGGCAGUUCGUCAUAGACUUGUUGAAUUCAAGAGCUGGACUUAGUGUCAAUCAGAUUCGUCCUCUCUUUCAGGAAUUACAGAAGCACAAGAUUAGGGUUUCUGAAAGUGCAGUGGAUAUUAUGAUGACCAGGACCAACAAGGUAAUCCAGCAAGCCAUUCGAGACAACCUCGGGCUCGUCUUCGAUCCUUCGGUAGGGCAGCCUCCGAAGGAAGAAGAGUAUAAUCUCCUUCCACAUCCUAACAAAAUGAAUGUCGAGGAAUUGGAGUGCCAUCUUGUGGAACUGCGUGCCAAAGGCCUGAAUACAAGGGGAACUUUGCGAAGGCUGCUCAUCAUGCAUGCAUCGAACAACAAUACUCAACGUGUUCUUGCACUCAUUAAGGAAGCAGAGGCAGGUGAAGUCAGUCUCAGUGGUGGUAUGAUGUCAAGUAUCAUGACCACCAUGACAGAGAGUGGCAGUGCAGACAGUGCUUUGGCUGUAUAUAAUGAAAUGCAAACAAAAUACCCCUUAUUUAAUGUGGACUCUUAUAAGGUUAUUGAUCUGUGCACACUCUUGGUGAAAAAAAGAGGACGGAAGGUGGAUGCAGUUAAUAUCCUGGAAAGAUAUUUAGAACAGUAUUCAAAACCACACGUUAAAAAAGCUGUCAAAAGAAAUUGCUGGAAUCUUUUAAUGGCAGCAGCAGAAAAUCAGGAUCAUACAAAUACAAAAAGAAUAUUUGAUAUUCUUCAGACAAAUGAUGUAAUAACUGUAGAUACAGUUAUAGGACCAUUGAUAAAAACAAGACUUAAUAGUGGUGAUUUAGCAGGGGCAGUGAAGGAGGCUGAAUAUAUCUGGAAAGAGCACAAGUGUCUACCAAUGAGGAUUGAAAUUCUUGUCCAGUUGACUCUGCUUUCGAAGCAAGGUGGUACGAGAUCAAAGGUGAAUGAUAAUCUUAUCCAAUCCAUGUUAGAUAUAAUUGUCAUGUCAAAGGGUUCUCUGCAAGCUCACCACGACUUACUGUUUGCUUGUUUGGAAGCGGGACAACCAUCAGAUGCUAAGAAAGUGCUACAG